CGGCGUUCUGCUCUUACACAGUUCGCAUUUAAUUUUAUUUGGUCGCCUGCUAACAGCGACAUCGGUUCGACAUCGUCUCCUCGCCAAGAAAUAACAGCAGGCUCCCGGAAUCGAGAAAUGAAUAAAAACGCCGAAACUGAAAGCCAAUUUGUGAUACGAGUGAACCGUUACCAACAUUGAGUGUGACCAAAUAUCCAAAGACCGCCAGGACGAACAUAGUGUGGCCAGUUGCCAAGGACCCUCUUUUUUUUUACCGCGCUUAAUCGACUCUUGAUCGACUUCAUUCCGUUUUUAUUGAACCCCCAACGCCUCGUUCGAUUCAUAAUCUCUGCGAUUGGACAUUAGCAACUGUAACGCGAAGAACACAAAGUGUCAACAAAGUCGUAAAAAGAUUUGCACACUCAGGCAAUAAAGUAAAUACAAAAAAGUACAGCAAAAGAGUGCAGGCAACGAAUUAAUUAACAAAUAAGAGGCGCACAAAGCCCACAACACGAAAGUUGGCGCAACAUGAGCCACUGGCUUUAGGGGGCAUAUCCAGCAGCAGCAGCAGCAGCAGGUGCAGCAGGUGCGGCAUCCAGCACUCCCAGGUCAAGGUUCAUUCGGUAACCGGAGCAAUAAGCCCAGGGCGAUACCAACAACAUGGUUCACGGACCGCCGGCACGCAGAAAAUCCCAGCAGCAGCAACAACAACAUGAGGCCUGCGAAAUGGAUCUCGAGCGACAGCCCACUCCUCCGGAUGGCGGAUGGGGAUGGGUGGUGGUCUUCGGCUCCUUCAUGAUACACAUAGUCACCGAUGGCAUGACCUACUCCUUUGGCAUCUUCUACAAUGAGUUCCUGAAAUACUUCAACGAGGGCAAAGGUUACACGGCCUGGAUUGCCUCCAUUAUGGUGGGCGUGACCUUCUCUUCGGGACCCAUCAGUUCGUCCUUCGUGAAUCGAUAUGGCUGUCGAGCGGUGACCAUCGCGGGUGCCAUCCUGGCCGCCAGCUGCAUCAUCGUGAGCAUGUUCGCCCAGAACGUGCUCACGCUGAUCAUCACGAUUGGCUUUGGCACGGGGCUGGGCUUCGGGCUGAUCUACCUGCCGGCCAUCGUGAGUGUGACGCAGUACUUCGAGGCGCGGAGAUCCCUGGCCACGGGCAUCGCGGUCUGCGGCUCCGGAUUCGGCACCACCGUGUUUGCCCCGCUGACGGAGUACUUGAUCGGCAGCUACGGGUGGCGCGGGGCGAUGCUGAUCAUCGGCGGCAUCGUGCUCAACUGCAUCAUCUUCGGGGCGAUGUUCCGACCCCUGGAGCUGGAGGCGCCUCCAAAGACGCCGCCCAACACACCGAGCACUCCGAAGCUGGGCAAGAAGUCGGCCAUCAUCGACCAGAACACCACGCCGGCGGAGCUGGAGCCCCUGAAGAUCCUGCCGAAGGAUCAGUACCUGCAGCUGCCCCAGCGCACAGACACCCCGAUUUCCGGAGGAGGAGGCCUCUGCCGAUCCAAUAGUGUGGGUCACAACCUCAAGCCCAGUUUGAACAACAACUCGAAUGGCGCUGUCAACGGACAGGCAGCCACCUUGGUGACCCCACCGCAGGCGGUGGCGAAGAGCACCAGCAACGACGACAUCGCCCGCAAGUGCCACAGCCAGCUGCAGUUGACUCCUCUGCGGGAUCUGCAUCGGGAGCGGAGUGCCAGUGGCACCAUGUACCGCCCGGAUGCCCUCUACCAGGGAUCGCUGCACAACCUGCCCGACUACGUGAGUUCCAGGAACGAUCUGAACCGCUCCAUGUCCGGAUCCGGGGUGAUCAAGCGGUACGGAUCACUCCGGCAGAGCAACAACGUGUCACAGAGUCAGGAGGAGACCAAGUGCUGCGGCUGCAUCACGUGCUCCAAGGAGACCCGCGACACGUUCGCCGAGAUGAUGAACUUCUCGCUGCUGAAGGACAUGGUCUUCGUGAUCUUCUCCGUGUCCAAUUUCUGCACGAGCAUCGGCUUCAACGUCCCGUACCUCUAUGUGGCCGCCUAUGCGGAUGCCUUGGACCUUUCCAAUUCGCAGGCCAGCUACCUGAUCUCCACCAUUGGGGUGGCCAACACGGUGGGCCGCAUAGUCCUAGGUUACAUAGCGGACAAGCCGUGGGUGAACCGCCUGCUGGUCUACAACGUCUGCCUCACCGCCUGCGGAGUGUCCACUGCCAUGGUGCCGCUGUGCCAUGACUUCCAAUCGCUGGCCUUCUACUGCAUCGUGUUCGGCUUCACGAUCGGUGCCUACGUGGGUCUCACCUCGGUCAUCCUGGUGGAUCUGCUGGGACUGGACAAGCUGACCAAUGCCUUCGGCCUGCUGCUGCUCUUCCAGGGCAUCGCCAGCUUCAUUGGUCCGCCCAUCGGAGGUUCGUUGUACGAUCUGACCAACUCGUAUGCGCCGGCCUUCAUGAUGGCUGGACUCAUGAUCGCCAUCAGUGGACUGGUGAUGUUCGCCAUUCCGCCGUUGCAGCGACUCCAGGCCCAGAAAUCGGAGCAGAAGCACCACACCGAGCACCUAGCCCUAAGUUAGUGAACCCACUCCAUCUUCCACCACCCCCCACCCCCUCCCCUUGUUUCUGUUUAUUAUUCCUCUUUUUUUUUUUGUUUUUUUCUAUUGUAACUAUAAAUCUAGAUAUAUACUGAUGCACACGACACUUGGUUAGAUUAAGACAUGUAUGUAUGAGUGGAUGCCAUAGCUAGAGCAUAUCCGAUUAUUUAUGUAUAGGCAACUACCCCAACUGACCCAUGACCCCUGACCCCUGACCUGUGCCCCUGACCCAAAACUCCAUCCCCAUGAAAACCUUCAUUGCAAAUGGAUGCAAAUGUAUACCUAUAUGUACGUAUAUCCAUAUACAAAUGUACUAGAGAAAUUAUUGUUAUUCUAUUAUGAAUGUAUGCCUGUGCGUGUGUCUGUCGGUCUAUACGCCAUUAAAGAAAGCUUUUGUACAACAA